AUUAGUCUAAUAGAACUCACCAAAUUUGAAGACACUGCCCGUCAUACAGUUAUGCCAAAGCCGUGUUGAAGACGCGUGCCUUCAACACAUAUCAAGUACUAGUUCGGCUCACACGUGUUCCUUAUAUCACAAUCCUAUCGCUCGCGUCAACAGGAUAGAAGACCGUGCAAAUAUGGCACCAGAAGCUGCUAGUUCUUUGCCGUACCGUGAGCCAGAUAUUGUAUCGAUCCUGACGUUGACUUCAUUCUUGCUCCUUUCGAAUCUUGUUAACUAUGUUCUCGAUCGCGUUUUAUACUGUGGACUAUUAGGGCAGAUUCUAAUUGGGGUUGCGUGGGGAACGCCAGGUGCGAGAUGGCUUGAUGAGGGACUUGAAACGGCUAUUGUGCAGCUGGGUUAUCUGGGUUUGAUCUUGCUGGUGCAUGAAGGAGGAUUGUCCACAUCAUUCCGAUCAUUGAAGGACAAUUUCGUACUUUCCGUGCUUGUCGCCAUGACUGGUAUUUGCGCUCCAAUCGGUAUCUCUUUUUCGCUAAGCGGUGUCAUGAAUGCCAUGCCCAUGCAAUCAUUUGCUGCUGGAGCUGCGCUUUGUAGCACGAGUCUCGGGACUACGUUCACCAUACUCGGGACAACAGGACUGGUAAAGACACGCCUGGGAGUUGUUCUUACCUGCGCCGCUAUGCUCGACGAUGUAGUUGGCUUGGCGAUGGUACAAGUUAUAGGCAAUCUAGGCGAAUCUAACUCGAACUUGAGCAUCUUAACCGUCGUUCGGCCAGUCUUGGUGUCGAUUGCCUUCGUUGUCAUUUGUCCACUGCUCUGCUGGAUGAUCAUAAAACCAGUGACGCUUAGGGUUAACGCUUUGCGGGAACGGAACCGUGAAGGUAUCAUCAAUUGUCUGCUGGCUUGUGAAGCUGCUGCGAUUUUUAUUCAUUUUGCUUUUUUGAUUACCUUGGUAACUGGUGCAACGUACGCAGGCACAUCGAAUCUGUUUGCUGCAUACCUUGCAGGUGCUAUAAUCAACUGGUGGCACAACGAGCUUCCACACGUCGCUAUAACUACCGAAGAUAUCGAAAAGAAAGACGGUAGCCAUACUUCUCUUAUGAUUAGACAACGAAUGCCUUGCGAUGGCUUAUCCAUCUAUAAGAAGUACUGCGCAACAACAAACGAGCGAAUCCUCAAGCCUUUCUUCUUCGCUUCUAUUGGCUUUUCGAUUCCGAUUACACUCAUGUUUGACAGUCCCACGGUUUGGCGAGGCAUCAUCUAUGCCGUUCUCAUGGUGGUUGCUAAGCUGACCUGUGGUGCUUGGCUUAUUCGCUUUUCGAUCAAUCUACCUAGUUUUCCGGUACUGCAUCAAGUUAAGACUUUACAUGUAUCACAUCUCUGGGGCAAGGACGACGCUGCACCCAUCUCAAAGACUGAUGCAAACAGGGAAACCGCAAGUCGGCAAGGCCAUGAAAAUGCUUCAAAGGACUCAAAUGGGCAGCAUACCAGUCAUGCAACUGAUACAGACGUAAUUACUCCAAUAUCAGAGGCGUCUCAGUCAAAUCCACCAGUUCUGGACCACCAGAAGAGCGCAUCCCAAUUAGAUAACGCAUCUCGAGAUACAGCUCCUGCAGUAAGGCCCUAUUCGUUGUACCCAGCAACCAUCCUUGGUUUCGCAAUGGUUGCAAGAGGCGAAGUCGGCUUUCUGAUAUCAUCACUAGCUGAUAGCAACGGUAUUUUCUCCAUGUCUGGAGACGAUCAGGUCUUUCUCGUUGUGACAUGGGCAAUUGUUGUGUGUACAAUUAUAGGGCCGAUUGCUGUUGGCCUCCUGGUACAAAGGGUAAAAACAUUGGAGAAAAGAAGAUGUUUUGGCGCAAAGGACGUGCUUGGUGUUUGGGGUGUGGAGUAA